AUGGUAAAGACACGAAAAUUUGUGGAGGGAGAUAGUACCUUAGCAACAACAGCUGUUUGGGAUGAUGAGCUGACGUUGAUAUUUUGUGAGCUUUGCAUGAAUGAAGUCAAUGCUGGUAAUAGACCAACAACUCAUCUAAACUCAAAAGGAUGGGAAAAUGUCGUUGCUCUUUUUCAAGCAAAAACACAAAAAAAUUAUGGAAAACCUCAAUUGAAAAACAAGUGGGAUACAUUAAAAAAGGAAUGGAGGUUAUGGAGGGAGUUGCUCAAGGAAUCUACAGGUAUUGGAUGGUGUCCAUCUAAAAAGACGGUCGAUGCUACCAAAGAAUGGUGGGCUGAAAAAAUACAGGAAAAUCCUAAUUUUAAAGGAUUUAAGAAGAAAGGAAUUGAACCACGAUUGAAUGAUUUAAUGUGGCAAAUGUUUGGUGGCAUUGUAGCCACUGGAGAGAAUGCAUGGGCACCUUCGUCUGGUGUUCUUCCAAGUGGGGUUCCUAUGGGAGAUGAUACACCUAAUGAGGGAUUUGGUGAUUCAAAUGAAAAUAGUAAUGAGAAUGAAAGCAUCCUUCCUAAUGCGGUACCAUCAAACCCUCAUCGUGAAACUCCUAAUCGAAGAAAGGAAAUACUUGGGGUUGUACACGGUAAAGAAAAAAAUCAAGUUCAAGUAGAAAAUCAUCAAGAGAUUCAUUGGCUACUCAUAUUGAGAAAUUGUGUGAGAGUAUGGCUAGUCCAAGGAAGUCAGUGA